AUGCGCCUGGCCCUCACCACUGUGCUCCUGUGGGCAUGGGGGGGUCUCCAGGCCUUUGAAAUUGUAGAGAAGGAAAACAUUUUUCAGAAGACCCCCUGCCCUGCUUUCCUGAUGUUUGAAAAUGCAGCCUACUUGGCCGACAUGAGCUUUGAGCUUCCCUGUCACUGCAAACCCGAAGAGGUGCCAGCUGUAGUCUGGUUCUACCAAAAGCACCUAGGUAGCAGCCACACCAAAGUGCUGACGGACUUCGAUGGGCGGGUGCUGACGGAGGCAGCCCAGGUACGUGUGGGCAGCGACAUGCUGACCCGCUUCAGCAUCCGCAUGUUCAGCCUGUUGGUUUUCAGGGCUCAGCCUGAGGACUCGGGCCUGUACUUCUGUGGCACCCGCAAGGGGGACUACUUUUACGCCUACGACGUGGACAUCCAGAACAGUGAGGGAAUGGUGGCCACCUUCCAGGACGAGGGCCAGGAGCCCUUUGCAGAUGAAUACUAUGGGCACCUCCAUGUCUUCACCACCUUCUGGGAAUGGACCCCCUGUGACCGCUGCGGGGUGCGUGGGGAGCAGUGGCGCAUCGGCCUCUGCUACCUGCAGAGCCCAGACCUCUCCCCACGCUACCUCAAGGCGGUGCCCGAUGUGGUGUCCUGUGGUUCAAGGGCUGUGCCAAGGAAGCUACAGACCAAGGCCAGGCACCACACCCCUGAGCUGCUGGUUCGGAGCUGCGUAGUACCCUGUGAGAAGACGAAGACCAUCCGGGAGGGUGUGCUGGCCAUCAUUAACUAUGUGUCCAAAGUGGGCAGCCGGCCCUGGGUGCCCCAGGUGUCCAUUCAGUUCCACCAGCAGAGGCUGGGCCAUGGACUCAUCAUCUCCUGUCCCGGGGCCCGGCCAGAGCAUGCGGUGGCCUGGGACAAAGACCGCCAGCACCUCUACCGCACACAGUACCUGAAGGGUGUCAACAGGUCCAUGAGGGUGUUCAUUGACCACGGCAACCAGCUCCACAUCCGCUUCACCCAGCUGGAUGACCGGGGCAUCUACUAUUGCUGGAGGCAGGGUGUGCGAGUUGCUGGCUUCCGGCUGGGCGUGACAUCUCGUGGGCGCUACCCAGCCUCGUUGUCGGAUCCCGAGACUCGCUCGGCCGUGGAGCUCACCCUGAUAGGCUACCUGUUCAUCACGGCAGUCUUCGUCACCAUUCACCUCUGUCGUUGCUGCUGUUACUUAUUUCAGUGUUGUCCCAACUUCUACCCCUAG